CGAGUGCCUCUGUUCGCUUGCAAGACGGGUAGGAAUAUUAGUUAUUCUGCCGACCUCACCCUCGUGCCGGAAUUGUGAUAACCAAACGUCCUUGGCACCAACCAGCAGCCACUGGCAGGAGAUGGCGGCCUUCCCGCCAAGUGUAUGUUUCCGCUUGAAGUUGUUGCGUGUCCUGGAGGCAGCCGGCCAGCAGGUGUUGACAUAUACCCUCCGGUGCGGGACACCCGGCAAGAAUCCUAAAGACACUUUCAUCGAGUACCUUGACAAGCUUCCUGGCACCUCGACGGCCAAAUACAAGAACACUAAGCAUAAAGGAAAGUGUUUUGAUAAGACUCAGAAGGAUUUGAUCAGGAAUGAUGCUUCAUGUAGCAAAUUUGAUAUUAGCUUGCUCUGGAAAGCGAUCACAGAGGGAUGUGAAGGAUGGGAUGAUCCUGCUAACCACCAGGCUCAGUCUCUGAUCAAGAAGAUAAAGGACACAAGAAAUGAAGUGGUGCAUGGAGCACAGAAAGACAUGGAUGAAACAGAAUUCCUAAAAAAAAUUGAUGAGCUUCAAGAUGACUUCAUUAAAACUUUAGAAGCCACGAAGGUGAAGUAUAACACUGAUGGGGUCGAAUGUGACAGGAAGAAGAACGAAAUUAAAAAAAUAGUCAACGACAUCAGGGACGAAAAGCUUAGCGAGGAUGAAAUACUGAGACGAUCAGUGGGUGAUCUACUACCACAUUUCCGGAAGGAGGCUGAUGAAGAACUCAAACAAAAACUUAGCAGUGCCAAGCUCCUUGACCCACUUUACUUUCUCAGCGGCCAAGAAAAUCACUGGGUUGAAGUUCAGGAUAUAUUUUCAGAUAUUGUAAUUCAAGAAGAAAAAAAUGAAAAGAAGAAUAUCGAUCAUUUGAAGCUACUAACUCUCUCCCAGGGUAGAAGUACACCAUCAUCGCCACAUAUCAUACUAGUAGAGGGAGAUGCCGGCAGUGGAAAAACCACCCUCCUUACAUAUAUUCUUUCUGAGUACUUAAAGGAGAAGAGUGGUCGCCGCAUGGAGGGGCUGGACUAUUACCACCUUAUCUUAUGGGUCGUAUGUCGAACAGAGAGCAGUCCCACCUUUGAGGGUUUGUUGAUGAGGCUCCUGGCAGAAACCCACUCCAGGUAUGGCAGCCUAGUAAUGCCUUUAUUGAAGCGCACCAGCGUCCUUAUCAUCAUCGAUGCACUCGAUGAGAUGAACGAUGCCUCACACCUCCUCGUCAGAGAUAUCCUGAACCAAUGUGAAUACUGUCCCGAAUUCACUUUACUUGCAACAUCCCGUCCAGAAGCCAUACAAACUAUGAAGGCAAAUACGCCCAAAACCUACAAACUUUCCCACCUCAAGCUUGAGGGCAUUUCUGUUGAUAAGAGGACGGAGUUAGCAGUACGACACUACCGCUGGCUGUGUGUCAAUAUCCCUGGAGACGAGCCCCUUCUGAGGCAGGUGAUGGAAGAGGUAGCCUGGAGGCAGAUCUUUCGACUGCCUCUUAAUAUUCUCUUCUUUGUUACUUUUUUCUAUAUCGAGCCUCAAAAACUGACGACCACCAUAACCCAGACCAAGCUGUAUCAGAAGAUCCUGGACUGGUGUGUGGAGAAGUUGCGGCACAGACUGGCUGGUAGUCCAAAAGUACCCAAAGAACCUCUCCUCGGGAUAAGAAUUAAACAUUUUUUGUUGAAGUGCUAUAAAAUUGCCUUGAAUGGGAUCAUUCACAGCAAAAUAUAUCUCAGUGAUGAUGAUAUAAUACAACUGACAGAUUUCUGUGAGGCAAAGGACCUGCCAGUGCAGGACACAUUAGCGGCCUUCUACUCUCUGCGGCAAGCAGAGGUGGGUGGGGUGAGGACAGCACAGUACCACGCUCCACACAAAGGCCUGCAAGAUUUUUUCGCAGCCUGGCACAUUCAUGAACGCCUCAACAACAACUACAAAGCGGGAGACAUCCGCCACCUACUUGACUCCACAGCAGGACAAAACUUACAGCUUUUUACUCUAAAUAACACGUUGUCUCAUCUACUUGGAUUGUUGAGCUAUCACGGUAAUCCCAAUGUCACGGCGGUAGAGGAAACCGUGGACUUGUUACAGGAGUCUGGAAUGAGAACGGAAAUCUGGAUGUAUGUGUUGGCGGACACUGAGGUCAAUAUCAACGCCAUUCGAAGAGUAGCACACCAUAUAAACAGUGAUCAUAAUAAAGGUCUGUUUGUAGAUGACAGUACACUGCACAUCGCUACUGCUCUUUUGCCUCACAUCCAUCGUAAGAAUGUCUUCAUAACGCUGAAGAGGGAUCAAAGUGGGAUAGAAACCUUGUCCUCAGGCCUUAGUCACAAUGUCUUAAUCAACUUAACGUUGAAGCACCACUUUCAACAUCCUCGCCCAGACACUUCCUCCUUUCCCCUGCUGCAAAAACUUCCCAGAAAUGACCUGAACUACUUCAUGGGCCACCUGGACGCUGAUCACUUGACGCUACUCCCAAAAGGCCUCUGGGCUCUAGCCUUGGUGGUGGCGGGAGAUGGCCACGCGCAGAGCCUGCUGCCGGCCCUGGAACAUAUCCGCGUUCUUCUCCCUAACUUACGUCUUUUGGAUCUCCACGUCCCCGUGUCUGCAGUGAGCACUGAUUCUCUUACUGCGCUCCCAUAUGAUGUGCAUGAUGUAAACCUUCGUUUGUCCGGCGUGGACAACGAGAAGAUGAAGGCAGCCGUGGAUGUCGCCAGAGCUCUUCAUCCCAGGCAGGGAAGUCACCGCCGAGUGGCUUAAAACUACCCACAUGCUGUCCUGAAGACCACCCAUCAACCCGGACUCUAGAGGAAGCCGUCCAAGCGAAUCAAGAACGAGUUCCGGGGGGCAGCAUGAGCCAAUGCAAGAUGGCGCCACUAUAAACACUCGCCUGCGCCAGAACGGGCUGGGCCGACCAUCAGGCCCCACCUGGAAGAAGCCUUGGGCCGACCAUCAGGCCCCACCGGGAAGAUGCCUACCGGCGCAAUAGGCAACAACGUAAAAAACAAAAAAAAACACACACACACACUUCAAGCGGAAUGUAUUUCUGUAUAAUAUGUUUGUGUUCCUAAUUUCAUGAUCCUUUAAUAAAUAUUAGUGUCUUUUACACACACACACACACACACACACACACACACACACACACACACACAUGAAGACACAAAGGCGGUGGCUGGGUGUUUAGCGUGCUAGCCCCGAAUCUUAGAGGACGCGGGUUCGAUUCCAGCCCGCCGCCACAGCUAGGGGUUUUCAGUCACCGCCGAGUGGCCUAAGGCCACAUAUCAACCCGGAAUCUGACAUAAGUUUGUAAGACUUACUUACCACGUUAUGGAAAUUCACUCCCACCAGUGUAAAAUAAUGGGUUUUUGUGAUGGCCAUAAAUUCUCUGAAAAGUUUUUCACUUGUUACAUAUAUAUCUGUUACAUCGUCUGUAGAAUAAACUAAUCAUCCUUUUUUUUUCACAGAAAAGGAGACAGUUCAAGGGCGUGAAAAUAAUUGUAAACAAUAAUGAAAAAAUAAGCCCGCUACUUACUGCUCGUGCCCACGACCUUGACUCUUCUGAAUUGUCCACCAUCUGGCUAAGACUUCAUUGUCAUUCUAUUACUAAUUACAUCUGUGCUGUUUAUCUCCCACCUAACUCUACUAUGUUAAAUUCUUUGACUAUUUGAACUCUAAAGUGGAGCACAUCUUGACGCACUCUCCCUUCGCUGAAAUCUCCAUCUUGGGAGAUCUCAAUGUUCACCACCAGCAUUGGCUUUCGUCAUCUUUCACUGACCAGCCUGGUGAACAAGCCUACAACUUUGCUCUCCUCAACGACCUAGAGCAGUUGGUUCAGCGCCCUACACUUAUUCCCGAUCGUCUUGGAGACAGGCCCAACAUUCUAGACCUCUUCCUUACCUCUAAUCCUUUUGCUUACUCUGUCAAACUGUUCUCUCCGUUGAGCUCCUCCGAUCAUAACCUUAUUUCUGUAUCCUGUCCUAUCGCUCCAGUUCAUCCUCUGGACCCACCGAAGAGGCGAUGCCCCUGGCAUUUUGCUUCAGCUCGGUGGGACGCCCUGAGGAUGUACUUUUCCGACUUCUCGUG